AUGUCUCGUGCUUCCCAGAGUAAUUGGGGUAGUCGCGGUUACCGCCAAACAGCUACUAAGAGGCCAUGGAGACAACAAAAGUCCAUACAGCAGAGUCCUUCUCCGCCGAUGGGAGAAGUUCUCGCAACGAUUCAUCAGAAAGAUCUUCAAGACUCGGGUUUUGAUAGUAAAGACACGGCCUCAAUCACUGAAAGCCAAUACUUGUCGUCGUACAACUUGCUGAAUCGAAAAGAUAAUAGUAUUCUUGUCCCAGGCGAGCCACCAGUCUGGACUCCGCUCUCAACGCCGACUCAGUUGCAGAACGAUUCGGGAGAGUAUUUUCGAGAUCAAAAUGCUGCUCGCUUUCCGAAGUUCCCUAUCCAGCCCAUGGUACAGGCAGUUCUCGCAGAGAAUCCAGAUUUCCGUUUUCAAGACAUUGAUAUCAUUGCUUGUGGGAGUACCCUUGGAAACCUGUUACGUUUUGUGCGGCGACAAAAUCAUUCUUUCAGAAUGCUCGUCGAGGCCAUCGGCAACGCUGUGUUUUUUAUAAGGAGAGAGAACUCACCCACUGAAAAGAUCCCAAAUGUGUACGGUUAUGGCCACGCCUUCCCAGAAGCAUAUACAACAUGGUCCGUGACAGUCAAGAGUUCUGAAUCUCACCAACGCAUAAUGAAAUAUGAUUUCGCGGGUCUCAAAUGUCUUGUGCGCUUUCAGGCAGAUGGUUAUCUGCCAGAGCUUGUGGCUAAAGGAAAAGAGAAGCAUCACAAUGGCGGCCUCAAGCAUGAUAAAGACCUGUCAGAGGAUGACCUUAUCUUGUCCAUCAAGGAAACCACGCUCUCAAACAUUUCCGCAGAAGCCAUGAGCGAAACAGGCCAACCCCUAAAAAUGUCAGAGGCGGGUAAUCACAUUCCACAAUCGGCAAUUUUUGACCUCAAGACUCGUUCUAUCAGGAAGAAGAAUGAGGAAGACACGAUUGGGGAAGAGUUAGCUCGCUUAUGGAUUGCUCAGAUUCCAAACUUUCUUCUCGCUUAUCACACUGCCGGGGUGUUUAGCGACAUCCAGAUCCGCGAUGUACGGGAGGACAUCGAGAAGUGGGAGAAGAAACAGCAGCCAGCUUUGAUGCAAUUUGCAUACUUGCUGAACAUGAUAGUGACUUUCGUGCGAAGCUCAGAACUUGGACGAUUGGAAAUCACCCGUAAAGAGGGAAGCUCUGUCUUGGAACUACGGGCGCAGUGUCAAGAUGCGAGAAGGGCUCUACCACCAUCGUAUCUGGAUCAGAUAUUGGAUGAGGCACAUGGAGAUAGCUCAGGCAACUCAGAUACGGCGAAUGAAGGCGGCAUCUUACUUACUUGGGAUGACGACGAAGAUGAAGAACAAGACUACACAGCCUGUUCGGCCAGCACUUGUGGCUACUGCGGACAUUGCAAGCAUAAGCAUUAG